AUGGGUCAGGCCCCUUUAUUGUCAACCCCUGAGCACGGAGACAUCCUCGUAAUUUAUCUUUCCGUCUCAGUUUCGGCAGUUAGCUCUGUGCUCAUACGACCAAGGGAUAACGUGGAGCACCUAGUGCAUUAUGUUAGUAAAACAUUGCAGGAUGCCGAGGUCCGGUACCCAGACAUUGAAAAACUGGCGUUCGCCCUGAAACCAGAAACUUCUGGGAGGCUGGUUAAGUGGGCCAUUGGUGAGUUUGAUAUUCACUACAAACCCUACCCAACUACAAAGGGCCAGGCCGUCGCUGACUUCUUAUCCGAAUUCACGGAACCCCAAGCCUCAGCAGCUACCCAGCUCAUAACCGAACCUAAUCUCCCUCCGAGCCAAGACCACACCGCCAGCAAAGGCACUUUCGACCUGACCCAACCCCUAUGGACUUUAUUUGUGGAUGGCUCUUCUAAUGCCCAAGGGUGUGGGGCCGGCCUCGUUCUCAUCUCCCCAGACAAGGUCGCCCUUGAGUACGCCCUCAGCUUCAAAUUCCAAGCCUCCAACAAUGAGGCCGAAUAUGAAGCACUUUUAGCUGGCCUUCGACUAGUCAAGGAGAUGGAUGCCAAACAAAUUCAGAUAUUCAGUGACUCACAGCUCGUCGUUCAUCAAGUCAACCAGGACUUCACGGCCAAGGAUGCCUCCAUGACAGCUUACCUCCAGCACACCCGGCACUUGCUUGCAACCUUCCACGCUCAUUCUAUAAACCAAGUGCCACGCUUUGAGAAUAGCCAUGAUGAUGCGUUGGCCAGGUUAGCAUCAGCCUUCGAGCAGGACAUAGGUCGCCACAUCCGCAUUGAAUUCUUGGACCAGCCCAGCACACAAGCCCCACUCAUCUGUACCAUUGAUCACAGCCCUACAUGGAUAGACCCCAUCCUUCAGUUUUUGCAGAACCAAACACUACCGGCUAAUUCUGCUGAGGCACGAUGCGUUGGCUAUCGUUCUGCCCGAUACCUGAUAAUUAACGACUCCCUAUACAAGCGGGGUUUUAGCCUUCCUUACCUCCGAUGUCUGACUCCAGCGGAGGGUCAUUAUGUCCUUCGGGAAAUCCAUGAAGGCAUCUGCGGCAACUACUCGGGCGCACGCUCACUGGCUCAUAAGGCAAUUCGCCAAGGAUACUUCUGGCCUUCACUCCACACUGAUGCCCAGGCCUUCACCCAGAAAUGCGACAAGUGUCAGAGAUUUGCCAACAUUCCACAACUCCCAGCUGAACCAUUGACAGCCAUGGUCAGUCCUUGGCCAUUUGCCCAAUGGGGACUGGACCUCAUUGGACCAAUGCCUAAGGGCAAGGGCCAAGUCAAAUAUGCAGUUGUAGUCGUAGACUACUUCACCAAAUGGGCUGAAGCCGAAGCCUUAGCCACCAUUACUGCGGCCCGCAUCGAAACCUUUGUGUGGCAAAAUAUCGUAUGUCGCUUCGGCAUCCCCAACUCCAUCGUCACAGACAAUGGCCAGCAAUUUGACAAUGCAAAAUUCAAACAAUUUUGUUCUAACCUCAAGAUCCGUCUUUGCUUCGCCUCCCCAGCCCAUCCUCAGUCCAAUGGCCAGUGGUAUCUUGGUUCUGGGUUUGCAUUGGAAAAAUCUUGUGCUUUGGUUGAACCACUCAAGCAUUGGAAUCUGAAUGUGUUUGGUCCUUUAAGGCAAAAGAAGGCUAAGCUCUUACGUAGACUAGCUGGCAUUCUGAAGGCUCUCGGCUUUGGGCCUAAUAAUUAUCUGCUUCAGCUGGAGGCUACUUUAUCUAAUGAUUAUAACUCUGUCUUGGAGCAGGAAGCGUUGUUUUGGCGCCAGAAAUCUAGAGUGCUAUGGCUACAAAAUGGUAUUGGUGGAUUUAGCUUUAUGCUGAUACACUCUAAAUGUGAAGGGGGAAAUACAAUAUAA